AAAAGUAGUCAUCGCGGACCUGAAAGGUUUCAAGUGAUGAGGCUGUGCACGAAACCGCGAGAGUGAAAAACAUUGAAGUGCAAUAAAAACGAAGAAACAGCAAAGUGUAAAACAAUAGUAAAUCUUAUUUCUGUAAUUGAACAAUGGGCUUACGGAAGAGAUAUCGUAAUGACAAAAGAAUAAAACAACCGUCACCACCAACGAACGUGGAUCAGACCGUGCGAAAACCUUUUCCAAGGGAUCGAGGAACCCUUUUGGAAGAUACGAGAUACAAGGAGAUCGAUCGACCACGAGGUUGGAAGAACGUAGUGAACGAUGUUAGAAGAAUGCUGUCAUCUAUGAGUUGGAAAAUGUGGGACGAUUGACAAUCGGACGAUGGAAGAAAUGACAUCGUACAAUUUGUGAAAAUUGAAAGAAGACAUAACUGUGCCGAAAAGACUGAGAUUUUUUUGUGAAGAACUAGACAACCUGUGAAAAUUUAAAACUAUAACUAUUGAGAAAAGAACAGCAAUGUCUGACAUCGUGGAGGAUGACAAACGAAGCGAAGCCUCGCCAAAACCAAUUAAUUCUCAAUUAACUCCGUUCAGUAUAGCAGACAUUCUAAGUAGACGAAAUUCCUGCUCGGAGCGACGAUUUUCAGAGUCAGAGGUUGUCCACAGUGCACCGGCUUUUGCGAAAAAAUUCCAACGUGAUUACGAGUGUUCGGAAAUCGAUCAGGGAAAGAAUCGUUUAGACGAUCGUGAUCAAAUGGCUAGAUUCUCGAGGCUACCUUCGCCGGAGCUGAGCAUGGCCCGCGAACUGGACAUUCUUACAAGGAAUCUGGUCCACGCGAACAUUUCCAACUUCGGGACUAUCUCGCACCUAGGCCAGAACACGUUCAAGCACUUCGAAAGCCUAGGAAACAUGAGUGCUUAUCAACCAGUGAAAGAAUCGAGGGAAUCUUCGCAGAGACAGCAGGACGAAGCAUUGGACAUGAGCAAGAACAAGUACCUAGAGGAUGCUGAAGAAGAUAUGUUCGAGGCGCAGAGUCACGGUCAAAAUCUACAAAGCAGGAAAAAACGGAGCAGAGCCGCGUUCUCUCACGCUCAGGUUUUCGAACUGGAGAAAAGAUUCGCCGCCCAAAAAUACCUGUCAGGCCCAGAGCGAGCAGACCUAGCCAGAGGUUUGAAACUAACCGAGACGCAAGUGAAAAUCUGGUUCCAGAACAGACGAUACAAGACCAAGAGGCGGCAGCAGCAGGAGCUAGGCGCGUUGGUGAAUUCUGGAAACGCGAGGCGAGUGGCUGUACGGGUUUUGGUACAUCCGGACGAGCAUCUGAGGGGAUUGCCGCUCCGCAGUUCCGGCCAAAUCCCCGGGCAAAUGUCCGCUGCCCCGCAGUUACAUCCGGCGAACAAAGGGCUCGCCGCCGGUUUCCCAUACUACUGUCUACCCUAUCAUCCACUGCUCUGCCCGCCCCUUCACUCCGCGCAUAUUCAGGUGCAAAACGCGAUCGCGCCCGAUCUCGAUCCCAACCAGCUCGCGAAAUUGAACAACGACAAGUAAAGUGUCCAUUGAAUUCGCGAUUCAUUUUGAAACGCGAGAAUGGAAACGACGAAAUCGAUUCAGGAGGUUGGAUAGAAAAGGAAUCAAGGUUGCCGAAUCUGUACUUAAUGUCGGAAAAUUUUUGGAUCAAGUAAUCGGUCGAUUAAACUAGUCUGUUUCAAACUGCUUGGUUUCAUCGAUUUUUUAUUUGACGAGGUAAAGGGGGAAGGAGAUAUUUUUAGAUUAGUUACCGAUUCGUGUAACGAUCAUUGCGUUUGUAUAGAUUUAUUUUAGUUAUUGUUAAACUAGUCUAUCGCUCGUCGUUCUACCUAAUUGAAAAUCGUUGAAGUGUAACAUUUCCAUGCUUCGUUCUCUGUGAAUGGAUGCCAAUUAAAAUUAAUCAUAACCACACACCUACGUCCAAGUAAUGAUUAAAGAGAGCACGGUAUUGGUUAACGUCGAUUUAGAGUCCAAACAAUCCGCUAUUUUACCUAAUAUAUCUAGGAAGUGAAUCAUCGUGUAAAUUAGCAUGUAAAUAACUGUAUAAAGUGCAAUCUCAAUGGAAUUAUACCCAUGGAUAUUUAUUUAUUCUGAAGCCACAUACACACACAGACAGACACAGACACACAUAUACACGCACCAUAAUAGAUUGUCAAAGAGUACACGAACAAUUUUCUUCAUAUUUAGCGAAAUAGAGACACGCACACGUGCAAUAAAAUCGAUCAUACUGAUUAAUCAUAGCGACACUAUUACUACUGUAAACGCGCUCUGUAUGUGAUCGGACAGAUCUAUCCAAAAUAUACGUGGUUCAUUAUGAGAAAAAAAAAAAGAGAAAAAAUGGAACAAGUGUUUCUUCUUGCCUACGACCCCCCUUGAAGAGUCACUCUCUCGAACGUCUACACGUCACGAGCU